UUAAACAUAGCGUCUCCCACUCACAUCCCACUACAGCGACCUCGUACCACGACAGUACGUUCCCAACUUCCUUCUGGACAACAUCAUCGCCAAGUAUUAUAUCAAGAAUACAAAUAUGAGUCGGGUCGGUAGAUCAAGACGCACACGGGUAUAUGAUUGUAAUUAUGAUAUAGGGGAAAGCUACUAUCGUCCAGUCCUUGAUAGACUGGACGGUAAAGCCCCUAUUGCUCGUGAACCCGAAAAGGACCAUCUGAAGUCAGAUUUCGAAGGCCGGUUCAGAAGUGCUCUGGAUGACUUUGAUGCACCAGCUGAUGAGCUCUUCGAUUCGAGAGGUGCGCGCGCCCAACGUGGCCGUCCUCUUUCUUCAGCUUUCCAAGAUGAUUUCUCCGAAGACAUCACAGAAUCUAUGAAACGACUACGCGCUGGAAGCAAGUCAACUAGAUUCACCGAAGACAACGAAUUUGAAAAUACUGUUUCAAGUAUUGAGAAUCGCAUGAAGAUAUCUGACAAAAUUCUUGAAAGUGCAGGUAUUGGACACAGUGAAAUAAGCAGCGCUAGACGUGCUCUAAAAGACAAUGAGGAGCGAACUGAGAAACGUAUUUCGAGACGUCUUAAUGAAGAAAAUGCACUUACAAAGUGGACAGCAUUAAAGGACGAUGAAGAAAGCGCUGCUGCUCAAAGGGCGAAAGCAACAAGAGCUCGAUUGUCUGACUUGGAAGAUGAAAUAUCAGAAUUGAGUGAACGCAACGCUGCAAGGGAAAAACGAGCUGCUAGACUUCGCGCUCUUGUCGCUGAUACUGAAUCUUCUGACACAAACGUUGCAUCUACAAAAAUUACAAUUCGUACUGAGCGUGAAAAGAAACAAGUCACCUUUUAAAUAGCAUGAUCCAAUAUUUCAGAAACAAGCUAUUUAUUCUAAUAUAAAACCUCUAUAGCUCAUUUAGAUAUAGAUAGGUUGUUAUGUUGUUUUGGCUAAUGUUCUUGCAUUUCUCAGUGUUAGAAGAUAAAGUUGAUUGUAUGGUGUAAUUCGUACAUUACUUAUAUAUUUAUGCCUAUGUUCUAAAAACUUACAUUAGGUAAUUAAAUGUUUUAAAAAUAA